CGAGCACUUGAGGAAGGAAGGGUUCAUGUGGGUGGGUUAAGGACAGAUGAUGGAGGAAGGGGGAGGUGUGAGGAUAAUGAGAUGAGCCAGCCUGAGACCAUAAAAACCCGCCGCACUCUUCACACUGAUGUCCUGUUGCAUCACCAAGACUCAGGCUCUCCAUCUUCCCACAACGACAGAGAACAGAACAAGACCAAUCAUGAGCCACUCUUCACUGCAUACCUCCACCUCCUACAGGCGCACUUUUGGAAGCCCACACCCAGUCUCCAUGUCCUCCUACUCCUCCGUGGCCUCCCGUAUGCCCUAUUCUGGGGGGCGCUAUAUGCGUUCAGCGUCACCUGUGGUGGCAUCCCGCUCCACCGUUUACCAACAGCGGUCCCGCUCCAGCGUCCCGCCUCCUCGCUUAACCUAUGACAAGGUGGAUUUCACUUUGGCUGAAGCCAUCAACCAAGAGUUCCUCACCACCCGCAGCAACGAAAAAGCGGAGCUGCAGGAGCUCAACGACCGCUUUGCCAGCUUCAUCGAGAAGGUGCGGUACCUGGAGCAGCAGAAUAAUGCUCUUCAGGUGGAGCUCACACAGUUCAGGGGCCAGCAGCACGGCCAGCCCAAUCGCGCCUCUGAGCUCUUCCAGGAGGAGGUGAGGGAGCUACGGCGCCAGAUGGAUGCCAUCGGUAAAGAGAGGGACCAGUACCAGCUGGAGAGGGACAACCUAGCUGAGGACCUGGCCCUGCUCAAGCAGAGGUUGGAUGAAGAAGCCCAGAAGAGGGCAGAUGCUGAGAAUAACCUGGCUGCCUUUCGCAAGGAUGUGGAUGAUGCCACUCUGUCCCGUCUGGAGCUGGAGAGAAAGAUUGAGUCUCUGAUGGAUGAGAUUGAAUUCCUUAAGAAGCUCCAUGAUGAAGAAAUCCAGGACGUCCAAGUGAGUGUCCAGACCCAGCAGCUGAAGCUGGAGGUGGACAGCAGCUCCAGGCCUGAUCUAACUGGCGCCCUGAGAGACAUCAGGGCUCAAUAUGAGACCAUUGCCUUAAAGAACAUGCAGGAGUCUGAGGACUGGUACAAGUCCAAGUUUGCUGAUUUGACUGAGUCUGCAAAGCGCAACACUGAUGCUCUGAGGCAGGCCAAGCAGGAGGCCAAUGAGUCCAGGAGGCAGAUUCAGUCGCUCAACUGUGAAAUUGAUGCACUCAAAAACACGAAUGAAGCUCUGCUGAGGCAGAUGCGUGACAUGGAGGACCAGUUUGGUAAUGAGAUUGCCAAUUACCAGGACAAUAUAGGCAGACUGGAAGAUGAGAUCCGCCAUCUGAAGGAAGAGAUGGCUCGUCAUCUUCGGGAGUACCAGGACCUCCUCAAUGUCAAAAUGGCUCUGGACAUUGAGAUAGCCACUUACCGUAAACUGCUGGAGGGGGAGGAGAACAGGAUUACUGUUCCCAUCUUAAAUAUCGGCAUGAGCAAUCACCUUGGAGAGCGAGACUACGAACAUACUCCAGACAGCCAGAGCAGGAGGACUGUGGUGAUAAAGACUGUUGAGACAAGAGAUGGAGAGGUGGUGAAGGAAUCCAAGAGGGAGAAGGAGAGAGACUCAGGCCAUACUGAUAGAGCCGACAAGGACGACAAGGAAAAGUAGAUAGAAACUGAUGUGAAGGUUGUGCCAUGAUAGAAGAAAAAACAUGAAAAAACUGAAAACUUGAGAAAACAAAUAGACAAACUCUGGCCUAUAUAGUCCAAGUUCCCACUAGUUAUGUGUUUAUCUGUAGCAAAGUCUUUCAGUAUAGGUGCAAUGUUACAGUACAUUAAUCUCCUUCAACAGUGUCACUUUAGGGCUCUUUAAGUCACCCACCUUUUGCUAAACACCUAUAUUAUCUGUAGGACUGAGCAAAACCUCUUUAUUAACAUACCACCUGAGGCCUUGAUUUACAGUGCAAUCCUGUUGACCACACAUUUGCAGCAGAGUAUUAAGCUAAGCAUUAAAUAGGUAGUUUGUGAAUUACUAACAAACUUCAGACCCUGCCCUUUGGUCAACACCUCUUAAAAGACUGAGAUUAAAUGAACCAUUCACAUUUUCUUUUAAAAGAGCUGCUAUUCUGUUACUGUGUAAACCAUCAAAUCACCAAAGACAUGGCUCAAUAAGAAAUAUGUAACGCAUAAGAAAUGAUGACAGUGAAGAUAAGGCAGUCACCAACUGAAGACUAGUGCCGAAUGUGCUUCGCAGUGUCGUGUGUAUCUGGCAUGACUGAUGAAUGAAUAUGUAAGUGCAAAUAAACAUAACUGGAGCAAGUCUGUGUUUUCUUGUCUGUCCACAUAGCUGAUUUUUAAUUGACUGGUAUUCUAUUUGAAUAAUGCUUUUUCC